CUCGUUCAUGUGCUACACAUGCCAAGGGGAGACGUCUAACAAGUACUGUAUGAAGAUAUCUAUGUGCGCAAAAGAAGACAAAUAUUGUGUGACAAUCAAAGAUGUUAUAGACACUGGUUACAAAUCCAAAUACCGCAUCUCCAAGAUGUGCUCUCCGGAGUGUCCAAAAAUGCAAGGCAAAACAGCUGCUAAAGUGUUUUGCUGUGAUAAACUAUUGUGCAAUGUGAAUGGAACCAGCAGCAUAGAAACCAGCUACUUGAUGAUUUCCAUGGGGAUCCUGGCUAACUUCAUCUACAUCUUCAGAUCUGGACUGUGAUGGGCCAGGAAAAGAGGACUUUAUGCCCUGAAGAACCUGCUCAGGCCCCACUGAGACACCAAAAGCCUACUCUGUGCAAACCUUUCCUUUGGGCUAACACUUCCCCCUAUGCUCUAAGUGUCACUUCGGACCCCCUUAGCAAAUAUCAUCUCUAUCACUUUUCACACCACAGUUCUUGUCUCUGCCACUGGUUCCAGAGCCACAGCUCUCAGAUCCCAAGCACCACCUUACAUAUCUGUGGUUCUGAAGACCUGGAAAUAUCAACUGAACAAUGCUGUAACCUAUGGAUACAUCCGACCAGAUGAUGUACAAAGUACUUAUACAGGUCCUGAUCCGGGAAAGCACUUAACGCAUGUGCUUAAAUUGUAAUGAACUCCUUGCACAUGUAAAGAAAGGAGCAGUGAGUAGGAGUGGAGAGGCAAUUUUACCUCCAUAGACAGCAUGGGAGAGACUGAUACUGGAAUACUGUGUCCAGUUCUACUGUCCACAUUUGUAAAAGGACGCUGAGAAAUUGGAGAGGGUAUGUAAAGAAGAGCCAUAAAAAUUAUAUGAGGGCUAGAAAAAAUGCCUGCCAGUGAAACACUUAAACACUCAAUCCAUUUAAUUGAUCAAAAAGAAAGUGAAGAGGGGAGACUUUUAUUUAUUGCAUGGAAAGUUCCCUCACAGUCGUUUAGUCCAUCCCAAUAAACUGUCAUGUAUUUGGCUUUUCUGACUGCUUGGAAGCACUGCCAUAAGAAUAAGGAUCUGGUGGGCUCU